GGCGCGCGGUGCAUGCCGGUGUCGCUCGCCUUCUCCCCUCAGACGCCGCCGCUGCCUGUGCUGCUGCUGCCGCUCCAACAUGGCGUCGCGCUGCCAGCGGCCUGCCUGAGGGGAGGCGGCGGCGGAGCCUGGUGGUGGUGGUGGUGGUGUUGGGGAGCGGGGUGGAGCCAGCUGGCGGGGGAGGCGCGGGAGCGGAAAGCACGCCGCCUCCUCCGCGCCCCCUGCGCGCCGCCUCCCCCGGAGCCACUUUGCCUCGUCCGCGCUCCUCGGCGGCGGCGGCGGCGGCGGGGGCUCCUUCUCCUCCCCGCCAUGGUGGGGGGCUGAGGAGGCCCGCCUCGGCGCUCGCCCGCCUCCUGCCGCUCCUCGACGCCCUCCCGCCCUUCCCGUCCUCGCCGUCUCCUCCGGGCCAAGGGCGGCGGCAGCAGGAGGCCCGCUCGGCGCCCCCCAUCCAGGCCCCGCCGCCGCCGCCCCCUCCGCCGCCGCCGCCGCCGCUCUCCCCGCCGCCCCUCUCCGCCAUGGGCUCCCCCGCCGGCCUGGCCGGCAACGCCGCCGCCUCCACCGCCGCCGCCGACUCGGCCCAGUGGCUCUCCGUCAAGGAGGAGACCAUCUUCCUCCACGACGGCCUCAUCCGCGUCACCGACCUGGCCGAGCUGCCCAGCGAGAUCGUCGGCGGAGGAGGCGCCGAGAGCGCCGACGCCGAGCUCGAGAUCUUAACCUUUGAAACCAAGAAUCCCACCGAACUGUCGGAGCGCCUGCGUUCCGUUUGUGGCAACCAGAGCAACGCCUAUGCCCGCCUGCUGGAAUACCGCUUGAACGCCCUGCGCGGACUCUGGAACGCCCAGCGCCAGCUUGCCUUGGAGGAACAGCAUGAGCGGGAGAGCUCCGGAGACGAGGAAGCGCUGGCCUUGCUCAAGCGCCAGGGCCUGCUGCAGCAACCCGAGCAGGCGCCCUUCACCUCCCGCAUGGGCCUGCUCCUGGUCUUUCCCCUCAUUGAAUCCCAAAGUAGAACCGACCCUUCCUUAUGUAACAUAACCGCAGAGGUGCUCUUGACUUGCCUUCGUGACUGCCAGCCCUUGAGCUUGACCAAGGAGCCGGUGGACUGUCUUAACGGCAUUGAAUCCUUGCUCUGCUCCUGGUUGGAGGAAACAUCUGCCUCGGGCCAACAGAUUCCACACAAGCAAAAAGAAAACGCUGCUGCCGCCCUUGUUGCCUUGGCUUGUGCAAGGGGAUCGCUGAAAACAUUUGUUCACACAGUCCAUCUUCUGCAGAAGCAAACCGACUUGGGAUCCCUGCCUGUGGCCGACGUGUUAUACAGGUUGCUGCUGUUGGAAGGAGGACCGGGCUCUCCCUCUUGUCUGCUUGGGGGCAAACACAUGGUAUCCUGGGGCUUUGAGGAUAUGCUGCCAGCGCCUGAUGCCAACCCUGGCUCCAGCUCAGAAAAUAAAGAUGCAGACUUGGGACGUUGCCUUGCAGCAGAUGGACUUUACCUUUAUACAACCAACUCCGUCGGCAGAGGGAUAAGCAAAUUAGGAUCGGGGUUACAUGGUACCUUACGAGGCUUUGUGUAUUGCCGCAACGAAGAGCUGGAGUCGGGCUGGGUUGCUUUCGGCAACAGCAAACUCCUCCACAGGCCUGUCUCUUUCGAUAACAAACCUCAAUCCCUUUUCCAAGUCAUUGACCAGAAUACCCUUCAGGUCUGUCAACUGGUCCCAAUGCCUGCCGACCACUUCCCCGUGGGCAGCACCAUGACCACAGUCCACCUUUCCUCGGAUGGGACCUACUUCUACUGGAUCUGGUCACCUGCGAGCUUGAAUGAGAAAACGCCCAAGGGCCACUCGGUCUUCAUGGAUGUCUUUGAACUCACGAUGAAAGAUGGUGUCUGUGUGGCCAACCCUCUCCAGGAGCGCAUUAUCCUCAUGAGGAAAGAGGGCGACUCGGCCAAGAGCAUCAACGAGAUGCUUCUGAGCAGGCUUUCAAGAUACCGGGCCUCUCCCUCAGCCACCUUGGCGGCGCUGACCGGCUCCACCAUCUCCAAUACUUUGAAAGAGGACCAAGCAGCUGCGAACACAAGUUGCGGCCUGCCUCUCAAAAUGCUGCGGAAGACCCCGAUCUACACCUGCGGGACGUAUUUGGUGAUGCUGGUCCCGCCCCCGGGCGGUUCUGGCAGCUCGGCCACUCGGUCGCUCUUUGGCGGGACCAGCGGAUUGUCCUCCUUGAAGAUCCUGGCAUCUAGUUUGGUCUACAACAUCUCAGAUGGGCAGUUUGCGAGCCGGGCGGAUCUCAUCGAUGCUGCCGGAAGCUCUCUGGGACGUGGCGCUCUCGUUCCUGGUUUGGGUGCGUGCUACGACGCGAUGAACAAUAUGAUCUGGACCUGCUCGAAUGACUAUAUUGACCAGUGGUGCAAUCCUGGCAACCAGGCUUUCCAUUAUGUCUGUCAAAGGCUAGGCGUCAGCCACAUCAUCACGGAGCCAAAAGGAGAUGCCACCACCACCAACGAGGUGAUCAACCAAUUACUGCACCAUGUUGGUGCGAUGUGUAUCCAUCAGCUCAACCUCCUGGCGGCCAGCAACAACCUUCCCCUCACCAAUUUCCUGGGCAAGCAGCACCCCAUUGAGGCCCACCACCUCAGCAGCAUCUGCGACAUUAUGGAGAAAGCCAUGGUCAACGGAGACACCUGCAUUAUCCAUUGCAUCCUGGUGGUCUUCCAGGUGGUUUUCAAAUUCUUCUUCAGCCCGCAAACCGAGAAGAAUCGGGAUAUUGUGAGACGCUCAGGCCUCUUGCUGUGGCAGCUUUUGAUGGCCCCCAUGGACCAGAUCAGCCCCGAAAUCCAGAAGGAAGUCUGUCUGGCUAUCAGUUCUGGACUGAAUAUCCUGUAUCCCGGUGAAGUAGAAAUCAAUAACUUGCUGAAACUGGUCUUGACGGAAGGAGAGAGGAACAGUGGGCUGGCCCAGCUCCGGGACGUGAUCAUGACUAACCUGGCGGAGCAGCUUCAGAACAACCGAUUUGGCGGCGAAGACGAUGAGCAUUACAGAUUAAACGAUGAACUUUUGCACUACAUUCUCAAGAUUGUCGUUCGCGAGUCUUGUAUCUUAAUCACCAAGUGCCAAACGGUAUCCAGAGAUGAAUUUCAGAGGCUCCUCUCCACUGUGCCUGCUGCCUCCUCCUGCCUGCGGUACUUGAUGGCGGUACAGAACCAUCUUCUGAGUAAUACCAUUUUGAUUAAGCCUGACGAAAACGAUGACAGUGACAGCUCCUUGCAGGGAGAGACAUUGAAGGUACAGGAGCUCAAGGCUAGCAUCUUGGCCCUGGCGACGCAGAUCUUGACCGGGUGCGACGAGGUCCUCGAUAUGCUGCAGCAAGUCACCACGGCGCUGAUCCACAGCGAGGUCCCAGACCGGGAGCAGAGGUUAAAAGGCCUGGAGCAGGUGACCAAAGCCACCAUGCUGGGCCACUUGCUUCCUGUCUUGCUGACUUCUCUGAUGCACCCCAACCUCCAGACCUUGACCAUGGCGGAUGCGCUGAUGCCUCAGUUGGUGCAGCUAGUCCUCUACACAAGCCAGACCGCCUUGCUGCUGAAAACCCAGUCCCCGCUUUUCUCGGAGGCGGGUGCUUCUCCAAGCGGGACCUGUGAGCAGAGGAGCAAGCUGUUUCCAGACGAGAGGAUGCUGGAAGAGAAAGAAGAGCCAGGCUUCCUGACUGGCUUGAAGAUCCCGGCUCCUUGGGCCGCUGGGAAAACGGUGGAGACGGUGCAUCCUGUGAGGGACAACUACAAAUUCAAGGAAACUGUCCACAUCCCAGGGGCCCGUUGCUUGUACCUGCGGUUUGACAACCGAUGUUCCUCGCAGUACGAUUACGACAAGCUGGUAAUAUACGCAGGUCCCAACACCAACAGCCGGAAGGUGGCCGAGUACGGGGGCAAUACCCUCGGAUACGGCAGCCGCAGUGUCUUGGGAACGGGUUGGCCCAAAGAUUUAGUCAAGGUGGAAGGAGACACCGUGACCUUCUCCUUUGAAAUGCGGAGCGGGCGAGAGCACAACACCCCCGACAAGGCCAUGUGGGGCUUCGCUUGCACUGUCCGAGCCCAGGAGUCCUCCGAAGACGUGUCGGGCGGACUGCCCUUCUUGGUCGACCUCGCCUUGGGUUUGUCGGUGCUGGCAUGCUCCAUGCUGAGGAUCCUGUACAACGGACCGGAAAUCACCAAAGAGGAGGAAGCCUGCCAAGAACUCCUGAGGUCCAAACUCUUGCAGCGGUGCCAGUGGCAAGUGGAAGCCAACGGGGUCAUUUCCCCAGCUCUCACCCCAAGCCCUUCCCCGCUGCCUCUCACCAUCGACGAAGACCGGGAAUUCACCUAUCCCGCCGAUAUCCUGGCGCCCCCCGUCGGCCACUAUUUUGAGCUGCCGCGGAUCCGUCUCCCACCAGGGAUCAUGGUCAAACUCAGGGAAAUCUCCGGCCGGGCUCGUCCCCAGUUCCGGCCCAGCAUCAGGGAAGUGAUCCAACCCGACAUAAUGGAAGAAAUGGUGGUGUCCUGUGUGAUCAAGCACCUGAACCUGGUUGAUGCUCUCCAGUCGCUCAUCAACUUCCAGUAUCAGGAGGAGCAUGCCGAGGAGUACGACCUGCUCUGCAAAAUUAUGGGGGAAACCUUCAAGAAGCUGAAUGCCAUGGAGAGGCAAUUGCAGAGUGUCGCGGAGCUGGAGCAGAAGUGGCAAAGUGAAGUGGAGGAGUCCAUGUCCGGGAAGCUGGAGAACAACAUGCCCUUCUUUUACGAUUAUCAUUUCAAUGAGAGCAAAAUGAAGGAACUGGAACUCCUGUGUUCAAUGAAGGAGAUUUCGUUUGAUGGCGGUGACCUUGAGAAUAUGGUUCUCUCACUGAGGGAGAAGUUCAUCCAGGAAGUGAACUCCCUGCACCAGAAGCCUUUGCACCCCAUGGGGAAGACCAAAACGCUGGUCAAGAGCCUGAUGAACCGGGCAGAGCUGCUCUUGCACGUCACCAUUGCCGCCCAGUCCGGACUGACCCGCAGCAUCUCCGGCACCCCUGCAGAGACCCCAGCGUGCAAGUCUGCCUCGGAAACCAAGGUGAUAUCCCACGCUGUCCGCCAGCCGGUUUUCCUCCGCAGCAUGUCGGCCCCUUCGGACCUGGAAAUGAUUGCCAACGAGGAUCUGGAGUUCACGAGGUCGAGCCAAAGGCGGCGCCACGUGACGAGUCACAGGAGCAGCUCCUUUACUCUCCUCCAGUCCCUGACCAUCGAGGACAGCCGGGAUAAACCCACCUACAGCGUCUUGCUGGGCCAGCUGUUUGCUUUCAUCGGGACCAACCCUGACCAAGCAGUCUCGAGCAGCAGUUUCCUGUUGGCUGCUCAAACCCGGUGGCGGCGUGGAAACACCCGCAAGCAGGCUCUGGUCCAUAUGAGGGAGCUCCUGACGGCAGCCGUUCGAGUCGGAGGCGUGACUCACCUCGUGGGUCCCGUCACAAUGGUCCUGCAAGGAGGCCCACGAAUUGAAGAGCUGACUUGUGGGGGAAUGGUGGAGCAAGUGCAAGAAGCCUUUGGGGAGACCAUGACUUCGGUGGUGGCCCUCUGCGCCCGGUAUCCCAUCGCCUGCGCCAACAGCAUUGGCCUGCUCUGCACCAUCCCAUAUACCAGGAGCGAAGAGAAGUGCCUGGUUCGGAGCGGCCUGGUCCAGCUGAUGGACCGCCUGUGCAGCCUCAGUAGCCAGGCUGAGUCCAGCUCCAAUGAGAAGCAGACCAAGAAGCAGAAAGUGGCCACCAUGGCUUGGGCGGCCUUCCAAGUCCUGGCCAACCGUUGUGUCGAAUGGGAGAAAGAGGAAGGGGGCUCGACGGAGGCGGUCCACUCGGGCCUGGCCCGCCAGGUCUCCAGCCUCCUGACCAACCACUUGGCCCGGGCCACCGAGUGCUGCGGCAACCAGGCCGCCGGGAACGAUGCCUUGCAGGACGUCCUAAGCCUCCUGAACGACUUGUCGAGGAGCCACAUUGGCAAAGCCAUCCUGAGCCAGCCGGCCUGUGUGUCCAAGCUCCUCUCCUUGCUGCUGGACCAGCGUCCCUCCCCGAAGCUGGUCCUCAUCAUCCUCCAGCUCUGCCGGGCGGCCCUUCCGCUCAUGAGCGUGGAGGAUUGUGGGAAUGUGGAGCUGCCCCCCUGGAGCUACUCGGUGCCCUCCCUGAACAGCGAGCAGGACGACCCCAGCGACCCGGCCUCCAAAAUUGCCUCCCUGCUUUUAGCCAAACUGGCUGAUUAUGUGGUGCCAGGAUGCCAGACGGUUCUUUCUCCGACGGCUUCGGAGCCGGAUACCUCGCUAACCAAAGCCAGCCCCAAAAGCUCCCUCAAAGGAGACAAAGACCCAGGGGAAGAGAGCGAGGCUGUCGAUGGGAAGCUCUCCAUCUUUAUUCACAAGCGGGAAGAUCAGUCCUCCCACGAAGUCCUCCAGCCCCUGCUGAGUAGCUCCGAAGGUCGUCCAUUUCGCCUCGGAACGGGAGCAAAUAUGGAAAAAGUGGUGAAGAUGGACCGAGACAUGACCAAAAGCGGCUGCUGCGAGGUGAUCACGGAAGAGGCGACGGCAGCUUUGCGUAAAGCCACCAAGUGGGCCCAGUCGGGGCUGAUUGUCAGCAUAGGCCCCCCCGUCGAAACGGCCAGCCCCGAGAGCACCAGCGGCCUGUCGACCGGGGACAAGAAGAAGACCGCCCAAACCUCCAUUUGCAGGGAGCGGAACUCGGAACUCGCCAGAACGGACCCCGUGCGGCCGUUCAUCAGUGGCCACGUGGCCAACAGCAUGGCAGCCGAGGUGAUCGCUUUGCUUCACAGCCUGCUCAUGGCGCCCGAAUCCAACGCAGCUCAGAUCUGGACAACCACUGCUGAAAAAGUCCUGUCCCGUGCGCUCAUGUAUAUCCCACAGCUGGGAAAAUAUGCCGAGAGCAUCCUGGAGAACGGCAGCAGCAGCGGGAGGAAACUGGCCAAGCUCCAGCGCAUUGCCCGCCAGGCUGUGGCGGCUCUGUGCGCGCUGGGCGGCUUCAAGGAAACCAUCAAAAUUGGCUCUGAAGUGCAGGUUUUGGGGAGGGGCAUUGCCGGAAGCAUUGGAGUGGUGGCCUCAAUAAACGAACAGGAAGGUAUAGCCACGGUCAAAUUCCCACCCGCCAGUAUAGACUGUAGAAAGACCUCCCAAGCAUCAGACACUUUAACUACCCCAUUAUCUAGGCUCUGUGUUCCAAGAUCAGAGGCAUUGCCUCUCCAUAAACUGUCCAUUACUGAGAAGGUAGUACAGGCAGUCCAGUCCAUGUUGCUUCCUCAAGAGGGGAGUCUCUCUAUUCAUACCUCACUUCCUGCAACAGGAGAUGGCUCAACCCCAGUAAUGGCAGUGGUCCGACUCCUGGCAGAAAUUCGAACCAGAGCAUGCCUGGUGAUGGCCCAGUUAUUGGAGGACAGUUCCUUCUGUGAGGAGUUCAUCCAGCAGUGUCCGGCUGCUGUGGAAGUCCUGAACCUCGUGGCCCAGGAGUGCAGCCCAGGAGAGCGACUCCUUGUUGUGGAAGUGCAGUGCGAGCGGCUGCGGAUGCUGUACCGCGACAGUGCGCGCCCUCCGCCACCGCCGCUCCAGGCCGACCGAAGGCAGACCCGUCUCCUCUUGGUUCAGCCCAAGGAAAUCACCUGGAGCGCUUCUCGUGUCUUCCCGCCCGUGCGCGCCUGCAUGUUCUCCUCCCACCUUACCGCCGUGACCUUCCUGGCAGACCCCAGCGCGGGCGGUGGACUGCCCCGGGGCACCUUCAUUUACGCCACGUCCCCCGUUCCAGUCCAGGCGCCGUCCUUCUACUGGGAGAUUGAGAUUGUGUCCUACGGCGACACGGACGACGACACGGGCCCCAUUGUCUCCUUUGGCUUUGCCACCGAGGCCGAGAAACGUGAUGGCGCGUGGACCAACCCUGUGGGCACCUGCCUCUUUCACAACAACGGACGAGCUGUUCAUUACAAUGGUUCCAGUUUGCUGCAGUGGAAGAGUGUGCGGCUGGACGUCACCCUCUCUCCUGGUGAUGUUGCUGGCAUUGGUUGGGAGAGGUCCGAAGGCACCCCGCCUCCUCCGGGGCAGCCGGCCAAAGGCAGAGUCUAUUUCACUUACUGUGGACAGCGCCUGGGUCCAUAUCUGGAAGAUGUAUCCGGCGGGAUGUGGCCAGUCGUCCAUAUCCAGAAGAAGAACACCAAGGUCCGGGCCAAUUUUGGUUCCCGGCAGUUUGCCUACGCGGAAGGCCAGGCGCACCGCAACGCCGCCGACCUCUGCAUCGACCUUGCCGAAGAAAUCAGUGCCAACUUCGAAGUGUUGCCUUUUGCCAUGGCUUCCGACAGCGACAACGACGCCGGCACCAGCACAGCCUCCGACCCUGGGACGCACGGGCCACCUUGCCGGAUUGCGGCCGUGGCCACUGCUCAGCAACAGUACGAUAGCAACACCUCUUGCCAUUAUAAGAUGGAACUCAGCUACGAAAACUUCAUCACCUCGGGACCAGACCCUCACCCUCCUCCCAUUGCGGAUGACGAAAGCGACGACGACGACGACGAUGACAUUCCAAGGGAAGACCACUAUGCCUUGCUUGUGAAAGCCUGGGAGACCAAAGUCUUCCCUACCAUUAGGAGACGCUUCCGUAAUGAAGCCGAGAGGAAGUCUGGCUUGGAUCAGAUUAAAGGAGCCUUGCAGCUAGGCAUGGUUGACAUCGCCCGCCAAACAGUGGAAUUCCUCUAUGAGGAAAACGGAGGCAUUCCCAGAGACCUGUAUCUUCCCACAAUUGAAGAUAUUAAAGAUGAAGCCAAUAAGUUCACCAUUGAUAAAGUCCGGAAAGGUCUCACGGUUGUCACCCGCUGCCCAGAUAGCAACAACGUGGUUGCCAACACAGUGGGCACCGCCCUGCCAAAGUUUGCAAUCCGUGGGAUGCUGAAGACCUUUGGACUCCAUGGUGUCGUCCUGGACGUUGAUUCGGUGAAUGAGCUUGUCCAGGUGGAGACUUACCUCCGGAGCGAAGGGGUCUUGGUGCGAUACUGGUACCCCAUUGAUAUGCUGGAGCGACCUCCUGCUGGCUAUAGGAGGACGGCGACCAAUGGACUGGUUUCCCUGGACAAUUCAAACAUUCAGAUUCACAGAGAGCUGCUGCGAUGCGAAGCAGCCCUGGCUCGGCUCUACUGCCGCAUGGCCCUCCUCAACAUUUUUGCUCCCAGAUCUCCGCACAUGUUCACCCGCCUGUUUCACAUCCCUGCCAUCCGGGACAUCACUCUGGAACAUCUCCAGCUGCUCUCCAAUCAGCUUCUAGCCCCGCCUCUUCCUGAUGGGACCAUCAGCUCCAGCUCCAUCCUCCUGGCCCAGUCCCUCCAGCACUGCAUCCAUUCCCAGAACUGCUCGGGCACCGACCUCUUUUACCAAGGCAACUCCCAGACCAUCCAGGAGUGGCUGACGGUGGCCAUUGCACGGACCUUACACCAGGGCGAGGAGAGCCUCCUGGAACUGACCAAACAGAUCUGCUCCUUCCUGCAGAACGCUCCUGAACAGUUCCCAUCGGAAGAGUUCCCCAUUUCUGAGUCGAAAGUAAACAUGGAUGUCAACUUCCCUGGGGCAGCCUUUGUGAUUGUGUCCUGCAAGGAGAGUCAGUCAGGAUUCCGCAAAGACUCCUCCCUGUACAAGGCCCCUUGGGCCCGCAUCCUUGUCUACGGCCUCGGCCACAAGGUCAAGAGGAACGGGCAGCUGAACCUGAUUGAGGCCGUGUGCUACCCUCGGGAUGCUUCUCCCACCAACACGGGCCUGACUCCGCCCCCCACCACCAAUCAGUAUCCAUCGGUCAUCAUCUCCACCGAUAAGGUCCACAUCAAACUGGGAGUGUCCCCGCCUCCGGGUGCCAUGCUGGUCCUGCACUCGCUCCCGCUGGAGUUCCCAUUGGCCAUGGCCUUUGCGGAGCAGCUGCUAGCCUGGAAGUUGGACGACGGGGACGGAAGGACCGACGAGGAGCUGGACACGAUCCCUGCCGCCGUCCUUUUGCAAGUGGUGGAAAUCCUAGGGAAUUUCCUGUGGACAACCAACAUGGCAGCCUGUGUGAAAGAGCUGCUGUUCCACCUCUUGGCCGAACUGCUCCGCAAAAUUCACAGCCUGGAGCAGAAGAAGAACCCCGCCGGUCUGUCCUCGUCCAUUGCGCUGCAGCUGAACCCUUGCCUGGCCAUGCUGAUGGCGCUCCAGUCGGAAUUGCACAAGCUGUACGACGAAGAGACCCAGAAUUGGGUCUCGGGAAACGCCUGCAGCGGGUCCGGCGUCGGUGGCACCGACCAGGGCAGAUUUUCCACUUAUUUCCAUGCCCUGAUGGAGGUCUGCCUGGCCGUCGCGGAAGUGACGUUGCCGAUCAACAUGAGCAUCACCGCCAACGUCAUGUCCUCGACCAGCGGCCCCAACCUCAGUGAUUCCUCCUCUUCCUCCUCCUCCUCUCCGGGACAGACCCCGCAAAGCCCGAGCCUCCUGUCGAAGAGGAAGAAGGUCAAGAUGAAGCGGGAGAAGGCCUCGGCUUCGGGGAAGCGCACCUCGUCGUCCCGAGCAGCUGAUACGGACACGGCCCUGCUGAGCAUCGGUGGGAGCAAGCCUGAGGACAUGCUGUGGUUCCACAGGGCCCUGACGUUGCUCAUCAUCCUGCGCCAUUUGACCAAGAAGAACCCCCAGGGGCUGGGCGUGACCAACGACGCAGUGGCGGAUGCCUGCCAGGCCUUGGUCGGGAUGACAGCUCACAGCCGCUUGCUGGUGAUUUCGGGCAUCCCCACCCACCUGGAGGAAGGGGUGGUCCGGGGCGCCAUCCGCAAGGCCUGCAACGCCCACGGCGGGGUCUUCAAGGAGGAGAUUUACAUCCCAGUGCAGGAGGAGGAGCCCAAGAAGAGCCGGGACAAGGCGGAGGGAGGGGAGAGCCGGACCGAGAUGGACAAACCGGCGGUCUCCGGCAGCGUGGACAGCCUGGACAUCAGCAGCUCCAGCAGCGUCACACCCGCCAUGAGCGUCAGCGCCUCGGCCUCCACCAGCCAGGCCUCCAUCUCCAGCUCACAAGGCAUCUCCCGCACCACGAGUGACAUCUCAGUGGACCAGGCCCUGCAGGGGGGCUUGGAGAUGGCCAUCCCGCCCGGGUUGCUGGAGAGCGCGCCACAUGGGGUUUCCAGCCAGGAGAGCCUGGACCUCUCCAUCGGCAGCAGCCUGGGCAGCUUUGGGGAGCAGCUGGACAACGUGGAGACCGCCUCCAUGUCGGACGUGGGCUCCAUGUACACCGUGACCUCGCUGGACAGCCAGCCAGCCCCCUCGCGACCCAUCAAGGGCUUUGCGGUCGUGGAGAUCCGGUCCCGGGCCAAGAUUGAGAAGAUCCGAGCCAGCCUCUUUAACAGCAGCGACCUGAUUGGCCUUUCCAGCCUGGACGAACUCAUGGAAAUGUCCACCGAGGAAAUUCUAACUGUCUCCACGGUGAACCAGAGCUUGUUUGACACCCAAGGGAGCCCUGCUCUGGAAGAUUACUUCAAUGACAAAACCUUGAAAGGUGACAAGCUGGUGCCGGGCGCUCGAGAUGUCCUGACGGAAAUCUUCAAGAGCUGCCUCCAUUCGGAACAAAUGCUGAGCCUGACACCAGCCAAGCCGACCAAAGUGGCCGAGAUCUACCUGAGCAAAGAGCAGAUCAAUGCCCAGACCCCCGGGAACCUGCUGCACACGUUCUUCACCAACGUCCGCCCCCCAAAGAAAGUUCUGGAGGACCAGCUCACCCAGAUCCUGAGGAAGUACGGGGCUCCUAAGCCAAAGUUUGACAAGAGCAAAUACAACAAGGGAGGCAAGGAGCAGCACCCGGUGAAGGUGGUUAGCACCAAGCGACCCGUCACCAAGCCUCCGGCCAAGGAGAAGGCCGUGUUCAACAGCGUCAGCAGGACGGCUCUGAGUGAGAAGAAGCCCACGGUGAAGCCCAAAUCGCCCGAGAAGAGCAAGCCGGACGAAAAGGACCCAGACAAGUCUCCCACCAAGAAACAGGAGGUUCCUGAGGAGAAAUAUCUGACCCUGGACGGGUUUCAUCGAUUUGUCAUUGAUCGGGCAAAGCAGGACAUCCGUAGCGUGUGGCGAGCCAUUUUGUCCUGUGGCUACGACCUUCACUUUGAAAGGUGUGCCUGCAUCGAUGCUCGACAUGCUCAGAAAGCCUCCCGCAAGUGGUCCUUGGAAAUGGACGUGGCCCUGGUCCAGUACAUCAACCGCCUCUGCCGCCACCUGGCCAUCACGCCGGCCCGGCUGCACCCCCACGAAGUGUACUUGGACCCGGCCGACAUGGCUGACCCACGCGUCUCCUGCCUCUUGAACGUGCCUAUCGAAAGCCUCCGCCUGCGUUUUGCUCUGCUCCAGUCCCUCAACACCACUCUGGAGACCUUCUUCCUGCCGCUCGUGGAGCUCCGUCAGACCGAGAUGUACACCAACAGCAUCGCAGCACUGCUACAAGAAGCCAAAGGAUUGAUUUUUUACGACACAAAAGUGACGGUCAUGAACCGGGUGCUGAACGCCACCGUGCAAAGGACGGCCGACCAUGCCGCCCCGGAGAUCACUCUGGACCCCCUUGAAAUCGUGGGAGGAGAGAUCCGGUCUCCGGAGAACUCCUACUUCUGCCAGGCGGCCCGGCAGUUGGCCUGCGUCCCUUCCUCGCAGCUGUGUGUGAAGCUGGCCAGCGGCGGCGAUCCCACCUAUGCCUUCAACAUCCGCUUUACGGGCGAGGAGGUCCAUGGCACAAGCGGUUCCUUCCGGCACUUCCUGUGGCAGGUCUGCAAGGAGCUUCAGAGUUCGCUGCUCUCCCUCCUCUUGCUCUGUCCCAGCUCAGCGGUGAAUAAGAACAAGGGCAAGUAUAUCCUGACCCCCAGCCCCAUCAGUUAUGGGGAGGAGCAGCUGCUGCACUUCUUUGGGCAGUUGCUGGGCAUCGCCAUCCGGGCGGACGUCCCGCUGCCCCUGGACCUCCUGCCUUCCUUUUGGAAGACCUUGGUCGGAGAAGCCCUGGACCCAGACCUCGACCUUCAGGAGGCGGAUGUCCUGACUUACAACUAUGUCAAGAAAUUUGAAAACCUCAACGAUGAGGCGGAGCUGGAGGCCCUGUGUGCGGAAAUCGCUUCCCAGCACCUGGCCAUGGAGAGCCCCGACUGCCCCAAUAAGCCCAGCUGCAAGUUCACCUACCUGACCAUGACCGGCGAAGAGGUGGAGCUCUGCGCCCGGGGCAGGCACAUCCCGGUUGUGUGGGAGAACAAGGACGUCUAUGCCAGCGCCAUCCGGAACCUGAGGCUGCGGGAGCUGCAGACGCCGGAGUGCGCGAUGGCUGUGCGGGCCGGUCUGGGCUCCAUCAUCCCUCUGCAGCUCCUGACCAUGCUGACUCCCUUGGAGAUGGAGCUGCGGACUUGUGGGCUCCCUUUCAUCAACCUGGAGUUUCUCAAGGCCCAUACCAUGUACCAAGUGGGGCUGAUGGAGACGGACCAGCACAUUGAGUUCUUCUGGGGGGCCUUGGAGAUGUUCACCCAGGAGGAGCUCUGCAAGUUCAUCAAGUUUGCCUGCAACCAGGAGCGCAUCCCCUUCACCUGCCCCUGCAAGGACGGGGGGCCCGACACCGCCCACGUCCCGCCAUACCCUAUGAAGAUCGCGCCCCCGGACGGCACCGCAGGGUCGCCCGACUCCCGCUACAUCCGCGUGGAGACCUGCAUGUUCAUGAUCAAACUCCCCCAGUACUCCUCCCUCGACAUCAUGCUGGAGAAGCUCCGGUACGCCAUCCACUACCGGGAGGACCCCCUCAGCGGCUGAGCCGCCCUCCCCUGACACACUGCAAGGGACCCCUUGGGGGUAGCCCUCCGGAGCGGCCCCUGACCGACCGACCAACCGACUGACCGACGAACCACAGGGAAUGCCUUGGGGUGGGCUUGAGGCCAGUGCCCCAGACGCCUCCGUCGUCCCCCCAACCCUUUGCUUCCUUUGCCGGAAGACCUCCCGCGUCAUAUUUGUGGACUUUUGUGGUGGAUGGGUUGUCUUUGCUGCCUUGUUUGUGAAAUCUUUGUAGGAUGAGUUUAGUACACAGACUGAUGUUCACAAACCUUGAGAUCCUUACGUUUCUUUCGACAUUAGGUGAGCACUCAUUGUUGCACAGUAAGGAGACGGCGAGGCCUUCAUUUCUGAGUGCAAAAACAAAAAAGAGGCCGCAACGAGAAUUGGCUCUGUUUCCCCACAAAUCCCUUUCUAUGCAGGGUUGCGGGAUAACUUGACAACUUUCCACAUGUACACCUUGGGUGACAAGGAACCCACCCAUUCACUUUCACCCCUGUUUGGUACAUACAAAUCACUCUUCAAAACACACUUGGUCUUUUGCAAACAAACAUGCCGGUGGGAGUGUGGUACCUUUUUUUUUUUGGACUCAGAAAUGACUACUCAGAGAUUAUUUCUGACAAGGCUGGCAUCCAGAAAGGACUGGGGAGAAGACGCAAACUGUUGGAUUUGGGUUUUUUCCUUCUUUCUUAGUAGCCUGUCUCUUGGGCGGCCUUCCUUUGGUUCCAAUGGGCUUUGGGGAGGAAGGAGGGAAGUUGUCCAACUGCAGGGCCUUGGUUCAGUUGUGAGGUGCCCCCGCCCCCCUUGUGUCGGAGAGACACGUCAAGCACGCACAUUUCCCCCUUGAGAGUUUUUAUGGGGUGCGGGGUUUCCCUGCGGCCCGCUUGGCUUGGUGCUAUCCAUGAGUUUUAAGUGCCAGCUCUUAGUUCCAAGCUUGGUUUUCCUCUUUCCUGCCCCGCGACCACCUUGUGCACCUUUCCAAGCUGUAACCCCCGGCGGGGGCGGGAGGCGAGGGCCAAGCGGGAGAGCUGUAUCUAGUGUACAUUACUGUGAAUACGGGGAAUGAGUUGGCUCGCAUGCGGUGUGGCUGGGGUGAGUGAGACUGCGAGGAAGGCGAGUGACGUUGUCAGUGCGGAACGGACCCAACCUCCGUGGGCAGAAAAGAAGGGAAACCUGCACCUCCCUAGGCGGCAUUUUCAACUUGGAUGAAAGACUUUGGAACCUUGUGCGGCGCAUUUCCGAAGACCAUUCUUCCUGAGAAUUGCCCGUUUUCGUUUCCUCCGGAGAGGACUUCCGUCGUCAAAUACCUCACAGGCCUUUUGCUUGCCACGUCGCCGGCUGCGUGUCCCUGAAGAAGACACCAACGCUGUGGCCGCUGCCCCUGCUGCUCCCCCCUCCGCCCCCAAAGCGUGUGUGCUGUCCAGUGACUUGAUGUAUAUUUAUGCUCAUUAUUUAUGGUUGCAUUGAAGGCGAGGACAGUGUUGUCCCUGGUUGAGCCCAAAGCCCACCCGGCCUCGAGAGAACAUCUCAUUUGGGCAACCUUUUGUGUCCAGGUGGGCUCCCUAAGUGAGGGCCGAGAAAAGGGCCUGGAAUACCACGGUUGGGGAAAUCAUGUCUUUCCAAUGCCACCCGUAAGUAAGCCAGCAAUCCGAGCGCCUCUUGCUAGAUACACUGGGGUUGCAAAUCAUCUUUCUUUUCACUUGAAUAUUCAUUCCGAAUGUAAAACAGCAGAGGAACUCGGGCACAGAGGUCUCUCGGGGUUUACACUUGGAUUGGGCAUCUCUUGGGGUAUUUAUUACGCUGUUCACCUGUUUCAAAGUGCUCUUGGUCUGGUGUCAAACAUCCAGGCGGAAGGGAGGCCUCUUUCCUUCGCACUCGGCUCGGGAGCACAGCCAGGCUGGCCGCCGCCAAAACACUGCAUCGGCCGGCCGGCCGCCUGCUUUCCGGCUCACUUGGGGAUACGUUGAAUGCACUGUACUUUUUCAUUUGUAUUUACUUAACCGCAAAUGUGUAAAUAUUUUGUACAAAAGGGAAAAGCGAGCCGAGGGAGGGACUCCGAAGGGUCUCCUGCCCGAGGCAGAUCCCCCGCCGCCGAGCUGACAAAAAGCGUGUAACGUAUGCCAUAAUUUUUGUUAAUUUAUUCUUCACUUCUCACACCUCAAUUUGACCACCAGUCUCUCCCCGUAGAACAGUGAUCCUGUCUCGACUGUAGAACAAAAUGGAAGGAGAAAAAAAAACCCAAACAGGAAAAAAGCCUCCCCUUAGCUUCCUUCUGUAAACCCACCAUAGUGCUUUGCCCUUGGAAAUAACACUGCAAGGUUGGUUGCCACUUGUUUUUAAGAACUCUUUGGCUUUUCUUGUAUUUAAUAAAUGCUUACUUUUGGUGGA